AUGCGUUACGCUCUCAUCGCCUCCAUGCUUGGCCAAGCCGCCAUCAGCGUUGCUAUGCCUUCGGAGCCCGCUCACAGCCCUCGUGCUGCCGGUGCCCAGGCCUACGCAUCCAACCAGGCUGGUAACUACAAGCUCACCUCCAUUGCUGCUCCCGUUCAAGGCAAUGGAAGCCCUGGCCCAUCUACUUGGAACCUGUCCAUCGACGACACCAGCAGUGGCUACAAGCAGAAGAUCGUCGGUUUCGGUGCUGCCGUGACUGAUGCCACCGUCACUGCCUUCAACGAGCUGUCUGCCAGCACCCUCAGCCAGCUGCUCAACGAGCUCAUGACUGGUGCUGGUGCUAGCUUCUCUCUCAUGCGCCAUACCAUCGGUGCCUCUGACUUGUCUGGCGACCCAGCCUACACUUAUGACGACAACGGCGGCAACGCUGACCCUGGCAUGACUGGCUUCAACCUCGGAGACCGUGGUACUGCCAUGGCCACCAUGCUGGCUCAGAUGAAGGGCCUCAACUCCAACCUCCAGAUCUUUGGAUCUCCCUGGAGUGCUCCUGGAUGGAUGAAGCUGAACAACGCCAUUGACGGCAACACCAACAACAACAACCUGAACGAUGGUUACCUCACCAACAACGGUGCUCAGUACUCGGCUGCUUUUGCCCAGUACUUUGUCAAGUACAUCCAGGCAUUCGAGUCGCACGGCGCCACCAUCAAUGCCAUUACCCUCCAGAACGAGCCCCUGAACAGCCAGGCUGGCUAUCCCACCAUGUACAUGUUCUCGUACGAGCAGGGAGACCUGAUCCAGAACUACGUCGCCCCUGCCUUGAAGGCGGCCGGUCUGAGCACCAAGAUCUGGGCUUACGACCACAACACUGACCAACCUGAUUUCCCCGAGCAGGUCAUGGGCAUCGCCGCAGACGAUGUCUCUGCCGUUGCAUGGCACUGCUACGCCACUAACCUGGACUGGACUGUCCUGACCAACUUCCACAACUCCUACCCCAACACUGACCAGUACAUGACUGAGUGCUGGACCCCCUCCACUGGUGCUUGGAACCAGGCCGCCUCCUUCACCAUGGGACCUCUCCAGAACUGGGCCCGUGGUGUUGCUGCAUGGACCCUCGGCACCACUGCCCAGGACGGCCCUCACCUGUCCAGCGGUGGCUGCGGCACUUGCACUGGUCUCGUCACCAUCAACAACGGCCAGUACACCUUCCAGACUGCUUACUACAUGAUGGCCCAGUUCUCCAAGUUCAUGCCCGUUGGAGCUACCGUCCUGAGCGGCACCGGCAGCUACACUUACUCCGGCAGCGGCGGUGUUCAGUCUGUUGCUUCUCUCAACCCCGAUGGUACCCGCACGGUCGUCAUCGAGAACACCUUCGGCAACGACAUUUACAUCCACCUGAGCACCUCCAGUGGCCAGGAGUGGAGCGGCAACGUCCCUACCAACUCUGUCACCACCUGGGUCCUCCCCGCUGUUUAA